AUGGCUGAACAUGAAAAUGAUUGGAAUGGGAAAUUUGUUCUCUCAUGUGAUGUAGGAACAAAUUCAGUGAGAACGGCUCUCAUUAGUCUGGAAAAUGGAUCCAUGAAGGAAAAUUCUCUCAUCACUCAAUUUCAAAUUAAUAUUUGGAGUUAUCAUACAAAGAAAAAGUGUAAUCUCUCCGAUGAGGUAUUUAUGGAACAAUCAUCAAUGAAUAUUUGGAAUCAGAUUUGUGAAUCGAGUAGAAAAUCAAUGAUGGCCUCAAAAACUAGCCCUGAACAAGUAGUUGGAGUUUGCUUUGAUGCUACUUGUUCACUGGUUGUUUGGGAUGUUGAUUUGAAUAAGCCAGUUUCUGUUGUCCUUUCUGAAGAUCGUCAGCAUCAAGAUGAAUUCAAUCAGAGAAAUGUAAUCCUAUGGGCUGAUCAUAGAUCAAAACACUUUGCAUCUCAAAUUAAUGACACUAAAUUUGAGAAAGUGUUAAAAUAUGUUGGAGGAAAGAUUUCUCCUGAGAUGGAGUUGCCAAAAAUUAAAUUCCUAUUAGAGAAUGGAGUUUUUGAUUUGGAAGAAAAUAAGGGAAUACAAUUCUUUGAUUUGGCAGAUUGGCUCACCUUCAUGUGUACUGGAAAUUCACAAUUCAGAUCACAAUGCACAACAACUUGCAAGUGGGGAUAUGUUUUUGACCAAACAAGUGCUGAUUCCGAUAUUAUUUGUGGAGGAUGGAAUGUAAAGUUUUUGGAAAAUGUGAAAUUGGAUGGAAUUCUAACUCCUAUCAAUCUAAUUGGAUCAAGCAUAUGUAAAAUUGGAUCCAAUGUACAAUUUAAAAUAGCACCAUCAGCAGCUGCUCAGCUAGGAUUAUCUGAGAAUGUUUUAGUGGGUGUACCAGUUAUUGAUGCCCAUGCAGGAGGAUUAGGAAUGGUUGGUGCUGUUUUGAAUAUGGAUGAAAAGCAUACCAAACAGGAUAUUACAAAAACCUUGGUGUUGAUAGCUGGAACAUCAAGUUGUCACAUGAUUGUGUCUGAAGAACCUGUAUUUAUUGAAGGAGUGUGGGGACCAUUUUAUAACAGCAUGACCUUGGAUAUGCAUUUGAGUGAAGGAGGCCAGACAUUUUGUGGAGCUGCUUUGGAUUAUAUUGUUGAAUCUCAUCCACAAUACUUUAAUCUUAUUCAAAGUGUAUCAAAUCAACACAAAAUUGAUAGCACUACUUCAGUAUCAGCACUCAAAUUAAUGGCCAUCAAAAAAUUAGAAUCAAUUCUGGAACAAAUGAAAGAGCAGAGACAGCUCGAACACAUUGACAUGCUCACUUCAGAUGUUCACAUUUGUCCAUAUUGGAAUGGAUGCAGAUCACCACUUGCAGAUCCUGAAUUUAGAGGAGUAAUUACUGGCCUCUCAGUAACCCCUCUAAAUACCAACAAGAAAAUUGAAAACCUAUUGACACAACAUUCUUCUCCAAUUACUUCAGACGAUAGUGAUUUUGAACAAUUGGCUGUGUUGUAUUUGGCCAUGAUUCAAGCUUUAGCGUACGGAACCAAACAUAUUAUGCAAGAAAUGAUAAAGAGUGGCCAUACCAUUGAUAGAAUUUUCAUGUGUGGUGGCCUUUCCAAUAAUGAACUAUUCGUAAAACAACAUGCAAAUAUUACUGAAAAACCAAUUUAUAGAAUGGAUCAAGAUUCCAUGCUGUUGGGGUGUGGUGUACUUUCUUCUGUGGCUUGUGGAGCUUACAGUGACAUGUAUCAUGCAAUGAGAAGUAUGUGUCAUCUAAACAGGGAAAGAGAUGUCAUGCCAGAAAAUGAAUUACAAUUGUAUCAUCAAAAGAAAUUCAAUGUAUUCAUGGAGAUUAUUAGAGACUUUAUCAAAUACAGAGAAAUGAUGAAGUAA